AUGUCUAACCUGCAGAAGAUUAACGAUAUCGAGGCGGAGAUCGCCCGCACGCAAAAGAACAAGGCGACGAUGGCGCACUUGUGUCAACUUAAGGCUCGUCUGGCGCAGCUGAAGCGGGAUCUCAUUGCCUCGGAGUCUAAGAAGAGCGGUGGCAAAGGUGAGGGGUUUGAUGUGCAGAGAACAGGUGAUGCUCGGAUUGGCUUCAUUGGCUUUCCAUCGGUGGGGAAGUCCACUCUUUUGACGAAACUCACGUCGACUCACUCUGAAGUGGCGGCGUACGAGUUUACAACACUCACAUGUGUACCAGGAGUUGUGAAUUACCGUGGGGCGAAGUUGCAGAUGCUCGACCUGCCUGGUAUCAUUGAGGGUGCAAAGGAUGGAAAGGGCAGGGGUCGGCAGGUUAUCGCCGUGGCACGCACCUGCUCUCUCAUUCUGAUUGUACUUGACAUUGCCAAACCACUACAACACAAACUUAUUAUUGAACGGGAGUUGGAUGGAUUUGGUAUUCGAUUGAAUAAACAACCGCCUAAUAUUGAUAUUCGCAAGAAGGAUCGGGGUGGAAUUAGCAUCUCGUCCACAUGCCCCUUGACGCAAUUGGACAAUGAAACAAUUAAGGCCAUUUUGACGGAGUAUCGCAUGAGCAACGCGGAUGUGAUGUUUCGCGGAGAUUACGCCGCGGAUGAUUUGAUUGAUGUCAUUGAGGGCAAUCGCAUCUACAUCCCCUGCUUGUACGUGCUGAAUAAGAUUGAUCAGAUCAGCAUAGAGGAACUGGAGAUUGUCGCUCGGAUCCCACACAACUGCCCCAUCAGCGCGCAUCACGGGUGGAACCUUGACGGCUUACUAGAGUGUGUCUGGGACCACCUCAAUUUUAUCCGCCUGUACACAAAACCAAAGGGUCAGAUGCCCGAUUAUGACGAGCCGGUUAUUUUGAAAAGGACGCCGCAGCCGACAGUAGAGCGGUUCUGUCUGCGUUUGCAUCGGCAAAUGAUGAAGAGCUUUAAGCACGCGUGGGUGUGGGGAUCGAGCGUGAAGCAUCAGCCGCAGCGUGUUGGAAAGGACCACCUGCUGGAGGACGAGGACGUGGUGCAGGUUGUAAAGAAAGUUUGA